UGAGAGAAUUGUUUUUUCUGGCACGUUGGAACGACGGACAGGAAGCUGUAGGAUUAUUCCACCACAAGCUAAUACAAAGAACACGCGUUGCAUUCGAAAGAUAUACAUAUCACGGUAAAAGUAGUAUUGUUUGUUCCGUGUGCUCCUUCUUAAUGGUCCGCCUUUUGUAACUCCGAGGACACACGCACUGGAUAAUGUAGCGCUAACUAGCUUUAGCAUUUCACGGCUAUCCGCUAACGUUUCUCGUAGGCCGCAAACUGCUUCCUGUUUACUCGUCAUUGAUGAUGUAGGUUACGCUAAGAAACAUCACAUAAUCACACAAUCACGACCGCCCGUUUUUGUUUAUUCUUAGAAUUCACGCGAUACGUCAACAUUCCUUGUGCUAGAGCUUAGAGACUACCUGUCCUGUUAGCUGUUUGGCUCGCCAGCCAGCAUGAGUGAAUUGACGGACAGCAAAAAGUCCGCCGACUCCGAAUCGAGGAAGAGGUGUCCAUUGCCGGACCAGGAUGAGGGGAGCUCUAUCCCUAACAAGUUAUCUAAAGUAAAAUACGCUUCUAAAGAAGUGCAUGAUCAGUCGGAAACUUGCAAGAAUGGGGACCCUGAGAGCACAGUAGCAGUUGGGCGAAAGAGAGGUGAGGAGGAAACAAAUGCCGUGCAAAUAGCACCUGGUGCAGAACUGAUGCACAACACCGAUGCUACAACUGCCAACAACUCCAGUUCGGAUGACCACAAACCGCAGUCCUCAAAGGCUCAAACAUCUGCUGCUGCAAAGGAAGAUGCCGGGGAGACCACAGGACCAGAUCCGCGUACUCUUCUGGACCAGUCUGAUUCAGCCGCUAUAGCAGCUGCUGAAGCACUUGCCAGCCUCACAGGAAGAGACGGGGAACACAGCCGAGAGACUCCAUGCUCGUCUGAAAAAGCCAAACAAGUGAAGCAGGGCGGCAAAGUGAAAAACCGAGGGGGUCAACAGGCCUUAAGGGCGCGCUCUAAAACCCAGGCGGCUGCUGCAGACAGCUCCACGUCCAUACACAGCACAGACAGAGAGGAUGCUGAUGAUGCUGUAGAUGCAGGUGAAAACAAUGACUCUUUGUCUGGCUCUUCUUCCACACCAAGCUCCUCUUUCCCAUCUGAGAAUGAGGACAAUGAGGACGGUGAGUGCGCCAUUGUGUCCGUUAAGAUGGCUCCCGAGAUGAGACAGUCAGUGGCUCUCCUGGCGCAGGUACAGAUGAGACUUGAAACUCUCGAGAAAAAAAGCGCUUGGCUCCACCAGCGCCUUGAGCAGAAAAUCAGCCGCAUGCGUCGGCCUCAUCUUGACCAGCGCAGCUCCAUCACAAAAACAAUCCCUGGCUUCUGGGUGACUGCUCUCUUGAACCACCCGCACCUUUCUGCACACAUUGAUGAGACGGACGAAGAUGCUCUGAGCUACAUGAUUGACCUGGAGAUAGAGACUUUCAAGAACCACAAAGUGGGUUUCCGAAUCCGUUUCCACUUUCGACGUAACCCAUAUUUCCAGAACAACAUCAUCAUGAAGGAGCUGCAACUUGGACUUGGAGCAUCUCCUAUGUCUAUUUCCAACCCCAUUCUGUGGAACCGUGGCCAUAAUCUAACGGCCAACAGCGAACCCAGGAAGAUGUCACGUGGGGUCUACCAGACGUUUUUCAGCUGGUUCAGUGACCACAGCAACCCCAGUCAAGAUGAUGUUGCAAAGAUAUUGAAGGACGACUUGUACAAGGAUCCUUUGAGAUACUACCUCACGCCACUCUGGCAACCAAGAGAGAACGGCAGUGAUACGGGAGUCGAUGCCAGAGCAGCUGACGGCAGCAAUGGUGACGACUGUGUGGUAAUAUCUGAUUCAGACGACGAUCCCGGUGAGGAAACGAGUGAGAAGGAGCCAGGCCAAAGAGAGGAAGAGGAAGAGGAAGAUGAGGAAAAAGAGGAUGAGGCACCAAGUGCAGGGGAGAGCGACGACGAUGAGGAGGAAGAGGAAAGAGGUGGGGAAAUUGUGAUAGAUGCUUCUGAUGACAGUGACCAUGAAACUGAGGGGGCCUGAGAGGACCAGUCAUCAAUGGACAUGAAACCAGAAAGUUAGGAUGGAUACCGGGUAUGCCCGCCGCGCAUUUUCCUGAUGUCAGUUACAUUAUGCACAAAAUAGUAUAUUUUUUUAAAUGUAACAAAAUAUGGUUCAUAGGAUUUUCAAAAUCAGGGUUAACUAAAAAAAAAUUAAGCCCAGGCAACAGGAUCCUAUGGUUUUAUAUAGUAUAUUGUAAAACAAUAUACACAAGGACUGCAGAUUCUUUUUUAAUGGACAUUGUGUGUCAGCCUACCUUUGGCAAAACAAUUGAUAAGAAUCUCACCAAUAUUGGAAGCAGUCAUUUUUAUCGUUGGCUGUUUUUGGAAAAAGAACAAUUCCAUUCAACUAUGUUCAGAUAUGACCACAUUUCAGGAGCACUUAGAACUGAACCAAAAUGUGUUCUCAGGGAUGGGCCUACAAUACAGUCUUUUACACAAUUCGGGGAUGUGACUAAGCAAAUGUGUACUCUACUGUAUCAAUAAGAACAUUGUGGUUUCAAUAAGCUUCUUUUGUUUCCCCUGGCUUUCCACAUCUUAACAAGUCACCUCUGUAAACACUGUGUGAUAAUGCAUCCUAUUUCCCCCCAUCCUGCUCUAGGUAGAAUGUUUAUUUUUAAUAGAUGUUUGCUUAAAUCUGCGCCACAUGAUGUGCAACCAUUUUUUUUUUUAAGCGAUGUUAUUAAGAAAUUGUUUCUUUUUACACCUCAGGGCAUGUGAGCAUCAAGAGGUGUGUAAUGUAUUGAUGUCCCUACCCAUUAAAGGCUUACUGAAAAGAGAUGUUCUUAUUUAAACGGGGAUAGCAGGUCCAUUCUAUGUGUCAUACUUUAUCAUUUUGCGAUAUUGCCAUAUUUUUGCUGAGAGGAUUUAGUAGAAAACACAGACAAUAAAGUUCGAAACUUUUGCUGUUGAUAAAAUAGCCUUGCAUGUACCGGAAGUAGCAGACAAUAUGCGCGUGACGUCAGGGGUUGUUGAGCUCGUCACAUCUGAACAUUGUUUACAAUCAUGGCCACCAGCAGCGAGAGCGACUCGGAUCGAGAAAGCGAUGAUUUCCUCAUUAAUUUGAGCGAGGAUGAAAGAUUCGUGAAUGAGGAAAGUGAGAGUGAAGGACUAGAAAAAAAAAAGACUAUACAGUGGGAGCGAUUCAGAUGUUAUUAGACAAAUUUACUAGGAUAAUUCUGGAAAAUCCCUUAUCUGCUUAGUGUUUUAGUGAGAUUAUAUGGUCGUACCUGUACAACCUGAAGGUCGGCCCCGCACCUUUCUUCAGCACCAGUCGACGGGUAGGGUUGGAUAUCGUUUGAAUUCGAACGAUUCCGAUUCUUUGUUUCGAUUCCGAUUCCUGACGAUUCUCGAUUCCGAUUCUUUCUUUUAAAAAAAAAAAAAGGCAGGGUCAAGGAAAAGUUUAGGAUAUUUUAAAUGAGCUAGCUAACCUACAGUCUUUCUGAAUGAAAUAGUCUGACAUUCUCCAUCAAUUUUAAUUAUUUUAACUUUUUAUGAACUUUACUAUAAAUUUCUCACAGGACUGUUUUCUACUAGAAUAUAAAUAUCAAAACUAUGAACUUGAAUAUAUAUAUUAUAAAUUAUGAAUACAUUUUCACAGGGGUACACUUUCAUCAAGAGAACUUUAUUUUUGAAAACCUCAUGAAAACACAUUCAAACGAGUGUAUUUAAACAUGUUACCGUGCUCCCACUGAUGGGGUAACCUGGUGCAGAAAAGCAAACAAACAAUAAGAAACAACUUGCAAAACCCAGUCCAGAUGAGCAGCAGGUACAGUAUAAAAUAAGAGACAGUUCUUGUUUAGGAAAAUGACCAUAUCCGCCUUGUCAGGCAGGAUGCGUGAGCGUUCUGGACAGAUAGUGUCUCCUGUCGAAGACGGGACACGCAUUUAUUAGUACUCCAUGAACUCGGAGGUGCUUCAUCAUGUUCAACGUGCACCCUCCUAAGCACGAAACAGUCCUGUCGCACGUGUUCCAUUUCGCCGAUAUUUCAUUUUUUUUUUUUGUAAAAUAAAGCGACACUUUCGACCGUCGACGCCCGCUAUCCAUGCUUGACUGACUCGCUCGGCUACAUAGGCUCGGCUAUGCUAACGCUUCCGGCGGUGGGCGCUUCUUCGUUGGUGUUCAGCGGCUUCUUCUUCCGGGUCGGUGGACUUAUUAUUUUUUUCCAGUCGGCGGACUGGGUAUCGAAACUAGGAAUCGAAAUUUAAACUUUUGAACGAUUCUGGAAGAUUCGGAAAGUUAGUCCCGGUUCCAAACGAUACUCGAUACCCAACCCUAUCGACGGGUGGUGGCGAUGCCCAUCUCUGCCCUUCGCAAAGGAUCCUCUUCAAAACACGAUCUUUCGAAAUGAUCGCUGUAUAAUACACUGUACUUUGUGUGUGUGGUCCAAUCCAACCGUGUUUGCUUGACCGCUCUUUUCCAUAGUAAAGCUUCACCGUCAUCUUUCGGGAAUGUAAACAAUGAAACACCGGCUGUGUUUGUGUUGCUAAAGGCGGCCGCAAUACACCGCAUUCCACCUACAGCUUUCUUCUUUGACGUCUCCAUUAUUCAUUGAACAAAUUGCAAACGAUUCAGCAACACAGAUCUCCAUAAUACUGUGGAAUUAUGCGAUGAAAAGAGACGACUUAUAGCUGUGAAUGGUGCUGGAACAAAAUGUCCUCUACAACGCGUGACGUCACGCGCACGCGUCAUCAUACCGUGACGUUUUAGCAUGAUACUUCCGCGCAAAAUUUAAAAUUGCAAUUUAUUAAACUAAACCGGCCGUAUUGGCAUGUGUUGCAAUGUUAAGAUUUCAUCAUUGAUAUAUAAACUAUCAGACUGCGUGGUCGGUAGUAGUGGGUUUCAGUAGGCCUUUAAUGCUUUGUCCACUUUGCCCUCAGUUUACAGUUGAGAAGUACACAUUAGUGUAAUUAUGUAUAAGUGUUUAUGUCCAACUCCUGUAAUUGUGGAGCCCUUUCUCAGAAAACGCCUGUUUCAUAAGUUGCCCCACAUUUUAAUUUAAACUAUGUCCAGCAGGAUGCUUGCAGUUGUUUUUGGAUGACAACAUGUGUGUACACUAAUAGUAGUAAGUAUACUUGAGUUUGUAUGUACAACUGCAAAUAUAGGACCAAGACUACAUGCAAACAGACAGGAACAGUACGCUCACAAGAUAAUAUAGAGAAAUCAAUUCAUUAGCAUUAUUAAAACAGACAUUCGGUUGCACAACAUAAAAGCUAGUUUAGGUAUUGCCUACUUUUUUCCUUGCGCUGUACCUUGUGUGCUUCGAUAGAACAUUGUAACCCAUUGUGUUGGUUACUUUCAUUUGUUAUGGGUGAAAUGUCCACCGUUUGACUGAGACUUAAUAAAGUAGUAAAUUGUUUCA